UGGGCAUAUGUGUGAAGUAGCAACAAAGAGGGUCUGAAGAGGAGACAUUCAUGGAAAGAAAGAAGGCACCUAGGGUGAGCUCCGCAGAGUGCUGCGUGGGGUAUACCUAGAGUCUGGUCUAUUGAAGGCACGCUAAGCAGGCACCUAAGGCAUUUCAAGUAGUGAAUUCCCACAUUUGGCUAGGAAUGUGGGUCCUCCUCCGAGGUGGGCACCCCCUCCGAGGUGGGAACCCCCUCCGUAUCUUGCUACCCCAGCGUGGGGAGUGGAUGGGUCGGAGGGGCCUGCCCCGAGGCUUGGCCCCAGGGCCUCCUCGCAGACGGUACAGGAAGGAGGCUCUCCCAGACUUGGAGAUGCCAGUGUUGCCUGUAACUGCAACCAAAAUCCGCCAGUAUUUGCGGGAGCAUGGGAUCCCCUUCCAGGAUGGCCACAGUUGCCUGCGGACACCGAGCCCCUUUGUAGAGCCUUCGAAGCUCAAAGACCAGACUGCUGUUACCACUUCUUUCAGCCUCUACAUUGACAAGACCACAGGCUGCUUUCUCUGCAUGACCAGCCUAGCAGAGGGGAGCUGGGAAGACUUCCAGGCUAGCGUGGAGGGGGAAGGGGAUGGAGCCAGUGAGGGGCUUCUGCUUAGUAAGGCUCCAGAAGUUGAGGACAGUGAAGAGGUCUGGAGGAUCUGGAACCGAUCAGUACCUCUCUGGGAGCUGCCUGAUCCGGAGGAGGUUCAGCUGGCUAAUACAAUGUUUGGCCUUACCAAGAUUACAGAUGACACACUCAAGCGUUUCAGUGUGCGAUAUCUUCGACCUGCUCGCAGUCUUGUCUUCCCUUGGUUCUCCCCUAGGGGCUCAGGAUUACGAGGCCUGAAGCUACUAGUGGCUAAAUGCCGGGGGGAUGGAGUGAGCUACGAGGAAAGCACCAUUCCCCAACCUAGUGCCUACCACAAUCUGUUUGGAUUACCACUGAUUAGUCGUCGAGAUGCUGAGGUGGUUCUGACGAGUCGUGAGCUUGACAGCCUGGCCUUGAACCAGUCCACGGGGCUGCCUACCCUUACUCUACCCCAAGGAACAAGCUGCUUACCCCCUGCCUUACUCCCUUACCUGGAACAGUUCCGGCGGAUUAUAUUCUGGUUAGGGGACGACCUUCGGUCCUGGGAAGCGGCCAAGUUGUUUGCACGAAAACUGAACCCCAAACGAUGCUCCUUGGUGCGGCCAGGAGAUCAGCAGCCUCAUCCCCUGGAGGCCCUGAACAGAGGCUUAAAUCUUUCUCGUAUUAUUCGCACUGCCCUGCCUGCCUGGCACAAGUCUAUUGUGUCUUUCCGGCAGCUUCGGGAGGAGGUGCUAGGAGAACUGUCAAAUGUGGAGCAAGCAGCUGGCCUCCGUUGGAGCCGCUUCCCAGACCUCAAUCGUAUCUUGAAGGGACAUCGAAAGGGCGAGCUGACGGUCUUCACAGGGCCCACAGGCAGUGGAAAGACAACAUUCAUCAGUGAGUAUGCCCUGGAUUUGUGUUCCCAGGGGGUGAACACACUGUGGGGUAGCUUCGAGAUCAGCAAUGUGAGACUAGCCCGGGUCAUGCUGACACAGUUUGCAGAGAGGCGGCUGGAAGAUGAACUGGACAAAUAUGAUCACUGGGCCAACCGCUUUGAGGACCUGCCCCUCUAUUUCAUGACUUUCCAUGGGCAGCAGGGCAUCAGGACCGUAAUAGAUACAAUGCAACAUGCAGUCUAUGUCUACGACAUUUGUCAUGUGGUCAUCGACAACCUGCAGUUCAUGAUGGGUCACGAGCAGCUGUCCACAGACAGGAUUGCAGCUCAAGACUACAUUGUUGGGGUCUUUCGGAAGUUUGCGACAGACAAUAACUGCCAUGUGACGCUGGUCAUUCACCCCCGGAAAGAGGAUGAUGACAAGGAACUGCAGACAGCAUCCAUUUUUGGCUCAGCCAAAGCAAGCCAGGAAGCAGACAAUGUUCUGAUCCUGCAGGACAGGAAGCUGGUCACGGGGCCAGGGAAACGGUAUCUGCAGGUGUCCAAAAACCGCUUUGAUGGAGAUGUAGGUGUCUUCCCACUUGAGUUCAACAAGAGCUCCCUCACCUUCUCCACUCCACCAAAGAACAAGACUCGGCUCAAGAAGAUCAAGGAUGAAGCUGGACCAGUGGCCAAAAAGCCCUCUUCUGGCAAAAAGGGGGCUACACCACAGAACUCUGAGAUUUGCUCAGGCAAGGCCCCCAUUCUCGACCAGCCAGAUACCUCCAAGCCUUCAAAGUGAAGGCCGUGCAGAGCUGGUCACUGAAAUGAGCCUAAUAGGACAGGCAGGCUGGGGCACAAAACUCUGCAAGGACUUCUGUAUCCUGUGGUCAUGAGCUGUGUCUGAGGGGCCUAACCUAGGGCAGGCUUCCAAAGUGAGAAAAUUCAGUGUAGCAGACUACUGAGAAACCACUGUGUGCCAGGCUUUGUUCAAGGUCCUGUAUAUACAGCACUGAAAAGAGAGAUAAGGUUUCUGCUCCCAUGCAUUCUAGUGGAAGAGACAAGCAAGCAAUGAGCAAAUAAGCAGAAAACCUAGUUUUAGUUCAUGAAAAAUGUAAAGAAAAUAGAAAUGCGGGCUGGGUGCAGUGGCUUAUACCUGCAAUCCCAGCACUUUGGGCAGGCAAAUCAUGAGGUCAGGAGUU